AUGUAUCUGACCAAGACGAUCAACGGAGUCGAGAUAUGUUACGAUGAGUGCGGUGCUGCAGAAGGCCCGCCCAUUGUGCUCCUGACAGGAUGGGCCCAUGAUAUGCGGCUGUACGAUGGGAUGCUACCGUACUUGGCGGAGAAGUACUGGGUCAUCCGGCUCAAUUGGCGAGGUCAUUCUAUCAAUCGCGACUAUGUCGAAGACUUUGGGGUUGAGGAGCAAGUUAGCGACACGCUGGGAUUGCUGAAAGCACUGGAUGUGGACAAAUUCUAUCUGGUGUCUCAUUCUCAUGGAGGCUGGCCGGCGCUGGAGAUUGCAGACAGGUUGGGAAAAGAACGGGUCCUGUGUCUCUUGAUGAUAGACCAGAUCAUGACGCCUCCCCCACCGGAAUUCGUUUCUGGUCUCCAGGCCAUGCAGUCCAAGACCACCUGGCGAGCGGCGAGAAGGGGCCUUUUCGACCACUGGCUGGCCCAGAGUAACAACCAGGCAGUCAAAGACCAUUUCACCUACAGCAUGGGCUCCUAUGGGUACCCAAUGUGGUCGCUAUCGUGUCGAGUUAUCGAGGGGGCAUAUAAAGCCCACGGAUCACCCAUGGAGCGCAUGAAGAAGAUCCGGGACCCUCAGCCAAUACGACACAUCUUCUCACAUCCCUUGGGCUCGCCAGAAUACCGCAAGCUGCACGAAGAUAUGCGCAAGGACAACCCUUGGUUCUCCUAUACAGAUCUCAAGGGCGAAACACAUUUCCCGGACCUCGAGAUCCCACAGCGGGUAUGCGAGGAGAUUGAGGAUCUCAUUCAAGCCGUGCCGAAGUAG